UGUCAGAGUGUCAACAUCCAGAAAUGGCACAAGUACUAUAUUUGGAACAGAUGUAAUUGUGGUUCGGAAUCCAUGCUUGCAUCCAGGGCGAUAUUCUCAAGCUACGUGCCGUCGAUCACCCAUCUCUAAGCCAUCUUGUUGAUUGCGUUGUUUUCGCAUCGCAAGGAAAGCGAUCUCCAAGUUCAAUGAGUUCUGGAGGUGAUCUUGAUGGAGAUGAAUAUUUUGUUUGCUGGGACCCGGACCUCGUACCUAGCAAGGUGUUUGAAUCAUACGAAUAUCCUCCGAACAAAGAAAUUACACAGAAGACAAUCACGCGUCAAGACUUGGGUCGAUAUUUUGCAUCAUACAACAAUUCAGGAAUGGCUCAAACAACGGCGCUACACAACAAAUGGGCACGCUAUCACUCUCAAGGUGCAAUGAGUCCGGAAUGCCAGGAGCUCAACGCGUUGUACUCCCAAGCUGUUGAUGGCGCCCAUGUCAAGAUUCCCGAACGUCUCAGGACACCUCCCGAACCUCCCGAAGAUUCGAAAUUCAUCCUCACCGAACUCUUCAAGGCUGCUCAUACGUGGAUUCAAGCAUUCCUCAUCAGACAAGGAGGUGCUGAUUUCGCGCCAGUGUCUGUCGAAGAAGCAGAUGAUCUGAUCAGACACCUUUUUUCUGCGUCGGAGACCACCAUUUCCGAGUACAAACUCGUUGAGUUGGCCCGGAGGAUCGCGAGGAAGCAUGGAACCGACUUCCGGCCUUACUUAUCGUACAUUAACUAUGGGGCACUGCAUACACAUGAAAAGUAUGAAUUAGCUGUGAGCUUGAGAAUGAGUCCCGAGGAAGAGGCGUAUAUGUGGAACAGCUUGUUGAGAUCAGAUAUCGUCAGCUCCAAAGAUUUGGCAGACAAGAAGUUAUCAGGGCCUCUACGAGUUCAACGGCUCUAUUCAUCAAAAGAGUUGGGCUUGCAUGCAUUCUUUGGGUACUUGGUCCGUGCAAUGCAAAAAAACUUCACGAGGAAGCUUAUCAUUAUCAAGCUUGACGACCGGUUUUCAUUCACAAUAUUUUUGCGGGGUGAUAUUCCGCUGAAUGAAGAUUUUCCUGUCGAUGGUGAGCACGUAGUGGUCGCCACAUUCAUGCGAGAAUCAGCCCUCGAAGCAAUUCCGACGUUCACGUCAUGUACAACAGGCUUUCAGCUGUAUUGUGGUGAGGGAAAUAUUCAGCUCUUUAAUAAGAAUAGAGCGAAUACCUUCAUCCACAUCCGAAAGCCUCCAGCGAAUUCCGACGAAGCUUUCAUUACAAGUAUAGCCUUGCAACAAAUCUCUUCACGAGUGCAAAAGCAAAUGGGCAGAGUCAACCGGACACCAGUAGUGUCUAUAGAAAUACAUGUCGUUUCAAAUCGGGACCGCAUCGCUCAUCAGCUGUUUGACCUACGUUUUGAUCAUGUCACCACUGAAGAGUUCAUCAAGCGUUUUUCUCAUAUCGAUACCACUUACCUUCCCGAUACUCUUCCGGAAGCAGAUCUGAGCUCUCUCCCAGAGGCAUUACGUGCUGUAUUCACGGAGCCCGAAGAUCUUGUCAGGAGAUACCUCUCUAUGGCUGAUAUCACCUCCCAAAACCUGGACCAGUGUGCUGAAUUUGCCUGGAUGCAUCAUGCUGAUCAUCAGCUUUUUUGGAUCUUUGACUCCAUUUUGAACCGACAACCCGUUGACCAGUAUAUCGUUCUGAAAUGGCUUGAUACUCAUCCUCUUCUCGUUUUCUGCAUUUUGAAAAAAUUCCUUUCAGAUGAAACAGACUCACUUCCUGAGCCAUGGGCCAAACUUGGGCCAACAAUUGUACAGCAUAUCAUUCGCGCCGCUCACGCAGUGCCCGUUGCUUCGCUGUAUGCAUUGGAAAGGUUAAAGGCGAUUGUCGCUGCCAUCGAGUUCCACAACUACCUCGAGCUACUUGAGCUCGUUACCCUUGCGAUACGGGCACCUCAACAAGUCACUGAAACCUUGCUUGUGCUGCAUGAAUGCCGCGAGGUCGUCAGGACUGAGUCCUCCGCAAAGGAAUAUGUUCAUAAGCAGGCACUAGCAGUUACCAUUGACCGCGCACAAGAAGCAGCAGAUGUGUGUCCUUGCGACGAGGAUGGGAAGAUUAAGCGACAGCGCUCUGCUCCUACCGUGGUCCCUUUGCUUCCUGCGGAGGAAGAUGAUCUCCACAUCAUUGCGCAUAUUCGCGUAGAUAGUCCAACUACCAUACGUUUGCACUCCCAUGUAAGGUUUCGUGCUGCGUCGAGACCUGAAAAGGGUGAUAUGGAAUCAUCCAUUCUGGAUGGGCUUGUUACAUUGUCAGAGAGUGGCGAAAUUCGUGUGAGGUUGGUGCAUAGACCGCCACCCGAGUUUGCGAGAAUGCAAUGGUAUUUAUACGAUGUUGGAAGCGUCGCAACCUUUAGAGCGAUGAUGGAUGCUAUCCGUCGAAUUGCAUUAGAGGGUUCUGAAUGUUGUCGUUUUUCGCGUAUGAUUACAGAUGCGUCUCCCACAGUGGUUGAAGCAGCGGAAGAAUUAGCCGGAUCUUCCCUAGAGGUCGAAAUUGUUAGAGAAACGACCGUACUUUCUACAGAAGCUGAAGUAACUGAAGACGACGGGCUAAACGAAAGUCAACGUGAAGCAGUUCAGAAGACUCGGAAAGCGCAAGUAUCACUAAUAUGGGGACCUCCUGGUAACAAAGGAACUACUCUUUCAUCGGAAUACAAGACUAAGCAGUCAUAGGUACUGGAAAAACAACGGUUGUGAUUCAAAUACUCCGGACCUUGAU